AUGUCCUCCUUCUCGACAAAAAGGACUAGUUCUCGGCCGUGGACCGUGCCGCACCGGUCCAUGUCUUUGACACAAAUCAACAACAAUAUGGGAGCCAAUGGAAACCCACUUCAGCCAGCCUCUCUUGAAGAACAACUUCCAUCCAGUUCCCCAUCAGGGACAGAAGGCGACAUCGUCUUUGAAAGAACAUCAACAACCCUUUUCGUCGAACAACACAGAGGGCUUCACACAUUGCACAUUAAGCGCGAAUCAAGAUUGAAUGAAAUCAGGGUCAAAUUCUUCCGGAGACGAAGUGAAAGUCGAAAAUCGUUUGAAAUCGAAAGAUCGAUUGCCAUUGAGGACUACAACAAUGCCCCAUGCUGGGCACUCUUCCGUCCAUCUCCCAAGCGCAAAAUCGACGGCAUCAACCUGAAACAGCAGAACGGGAUGAGGUUCUUCGCAGAGGCCGAGAGAAUCGAGCGCGGAGCCGUGGAGAGAAAGUAA